AUGAGCGGCACCGGCGCCCGGGCCAGCCACCGCACGCAGCCGGUGGUCAAGAGCGUGCUGGUGUACCGCAACGGGGACCCCUUCUUCGCGGGGCGCCGCGUCGUCAUCCACGAGAAGAAGGUGGCCAGCUUCGACAUCUUCCUGAAGGAGGUGACGGGCGGCGUCCAGGCGCCCUUUGGGGCCGUCAGGAACCUGUACACCCCGCGGACCGGGCACCGCAUCCGCAAGCUGGACCAGAUCCAGAGCGGGGGCAACUACGUGGCCGGCGGCCAGGAGGCCUUCAAGAAACUCAAUUACUUGGACAUUGGAGACAUCAGAAAAAGACCAAUGGAAGUUGUUAAUACAGAGGUAAAACCAGUAAUCCACAGCAGGAUCAACGUGUCAGCUCGAUUUAGAAAACCACUUCAGGAACCCUGUACUAUCUUCUUGAUUGCAAAUGGAGACCUCAUAAGCCCAGCAUCUCGCCUCCUCAUUCCUAGAAAAGCCUUGAACCAGUGGGAUCAUGUGCUACAGAUGGUCACGGAAAAAAUAACUCUGAGGAGUGGGGCUGUUCACAGACUUUAUACUUUAGAAGGAAAACUGGUUGAAAGUGGGACAGAGUUGGAGAAUGGACAGUUUUAUGUGGCUGUUGGCAGAGAUAAGUUUAAGAAAUUGCCUUACAGUGAAUUACUUUUUGACAAGUCAACCAUGAGAAGGUCUUAUGGUCAGAAAGCUUCUUCACUGCCUCCUAUUGUGGGAUCCAGAAAGUGUAAAGGGAGUGGAAAUGAUCGCCAGUCUAAGUCAACUGUAGGAUCCAGCGACAACUCAUCUCCUCAGCCCCCAAAGAGGAAAGGGAAAAAAGAGGAUGUAAAUGUAGAAAAACCCACAAAAGGGAAACAAAACCUAAAGUUAAAGAACUCACCACAACCAAUUCCAGACAGUGAUGAAGGCAUUUUCAAAGCUGGAGAAGAAAGAUCUGAAACGCGGGGGGCAGCCGAAGUCCAAGAAGAUGAAGACACUCAGGUUGAGAUUCCAGUUGAUCAGAGGCCAGCAGAAAUAGUAGAUGAGGAAGAAGACGGAGAGAAGGAAAGCAAGGAUGCAGAAAAGAAAGAAGAGUUUUCAGGAAUGAAUGGUGAAGUUGAAGAGGAGGGAGCUGGGGAGGCUACAGCUGCCUCCGAGCAAGCAGAGGAGAUGCCGGGGCACAUGGAGGAGCAGGGAAGAACCACUCGUGUUAAUGGAGGCACUGAUGAAGAAAAUGGUGAGGAAGUGGAUCUGGUCAGUAACGAGCUUCAGGAGGCAGUGGAUGAGGAAAUAAAGUCUCAAGGAGCUGGCAGUGGACAAGAGGAGGUUGACUUAGACCCUGAAAGACCACCAAGGCCAGAAGUAAAAAUCACUGGUCCACAAGAAAAUGAGGACAACGAACAAAGCAAAGACUAUGCUGUCGUAGCAUAGGUGAUUUUUAAAAAAGAGAGUGUAUUGAUUAUAAGAAAAAUGAAGGGCUAUAAUACUUGAAUAAUAAGGAUAUAGUCCUUGCUAAACAUGAUGUGACAAAACGAUUGAAAACUACCUACUGAAUUUUAAAAUUAGAGACCUAUUGGAAAGAGCAGAUAACUUUGAAUAGCUACUAAAGGAGAGUGACUUCUCAUUAUGGGAUGUGUUUUUAGAAGUCAUUUAGAAAAUUAAGAGAUCUAGAUAGAGGAGAAUUUGACCUGGAAGAUAGCUGGGUACUUGUUUUUGUAAAGGAUGAAAAAGAAUGGAAUUACUCCUAUUGUAUACUUUUUUUAAAUUUUAGAAGUGAGAUUAUUAGAUGGCAGCCUAUGCUAAAGCACUUAUCUAAGAAGGCAUAGAAUUUUAAAUGAUAAUA